AUGAACUCAUAUCAAUUUAGUAAUAUUCUUGGAGCUCCUUAUAGUGGUGGUGAAAUAAUUUUUUCAAAUGAUGGUAAUUGUCUAAUUUCUAGUAUUGGUAGUAGAAUAAAUAUAUAUAAUCUAAUACUACACCGAAGUCAAACAUUAAGUAUUGAAUGUAAUAAUAAAAUAAGAAAUAUUUGUAUGUCACCUGAUGAUUCAAUAAUUAUAUGUGCUGAUAUGGAUAAUUUUAUAAAUAUUAUUAAUUAUUCAAGAGGUAUAUUAUUACAUAAAUUCCGUUGUCCUGGAGAAAUAACUUGUAUUAAAUAUUCACAUAAUGGUAAAUAUAUUGCAGCAUCUAUAGAUCGUGGUUUAUAUAUAUGGGAAUCUCCAGAUAUGAAAAGAGGAUGGCAAGUUAUUUUAAAAAGGCAAUAUAUUGUUCAUUCAGGAUAUAUUAAUUCUAUUGAUUGGAGUAAAGAUGAUUUAUAUAUUGUUACAAGUAGUAAUGAUAUGACUGUAAGAUUAUUUAGUAGAGAAAAUAUGAAAGAUUUUGAUACAUUAGCAUUUGUUGAUCAUCGUUAUCCAGUAAUUUCUGCAUAUUUUACAAAAUCAAUGGAUUCAAUAAUAUCUAUGAGUACUGAAGGUGUAUUUAUAAAAUGGAAAUUUUUAGAUUCAAAAAAAGUGAGAAAAUAA